AUGGAGGAUGCAAUGGACGAAGAACGGGAUGUGGAGGAUGCAUCAGUGGACGCCAUGCCACUUCCACAGUUUAUGUUGGGGGAAGGGUGGCGGGAGAGCCCAAGUGGCACAGCGACGCUAGAAUUCACUACUGGUAAACAGCUUCUGCGCAGUCGCGAGGGGUUGCAGGCACAUGAGGCAUUAGUGCAAAAGGUCCUCAACGCUUUGGGUGAACCUCACGGCGAGAGGCAUUUGCCUCGCUCUGACCCGUUGCACUGGAAUACAGAAGAGGUUAUUUUGUGGAUCACAAAAAUGGAGGCCACAUGGUUUUCUAUCAUGUCUGCCAAGGGUCUGGACAGCGGAGAAGCCACAAAGGCCGGGCUUGGAGAGGCAGCGUUAGCUGCGACUCCGCUUAUGGAGGAUCCGUCAAUGCGUGAGGCCUUCCGUAUGGCCUGUGCGGACGGACAGGUUCUCCUGCACCACACGGCACCGAGCACAGUGUUUCAGGUGAUGAGGCGGUGGUACCUAUGGCGACAAGAAAUUAGCCUGACAAUUCUAAAGGAACACCAAAAAAUGAAGAAAACCGUUGGUACUGGCAUGGAGGACACCAGUAGUGCCGCUUUCAGGGACGCUGUGGAGAGCGGCAGAGCAAAGCUGGAUGGGGCAGUUGCAAAAGUUACACCGCUCCUAAUACAGGAGACUAUUUCCAUUUCCCAGUGUUACCUGUAUUGUCACUGA